AUGGCUCCAAAGAAGCAUGCCUACACCUCAACUCCAGUUAUCAAAACCAUCUCUCUUGUUGCUGGAAUGGCUUUCCUUGGUAGAGUUGGGAAUAUACUGAAACAAACAACGAAUAGGAAGGUGAGUUCAGAGUUAUGUUCUUUCCCAUCUGUUUUUCAGGCUACACGACGGCGAAUGUCAAAUGCUCCAACUUCAAGGCUAUAUAUAGGAGGUGUUUCAUAUUCCAUGGAUGAGCAAAGUUUGAGGGAAAUUUGUUCAAAAUAUGGCCAAGUUAUUGAUGCGAGGUUAGUUAUGGAUCGUGAAACUGGUAGGCCCAGAGGAUUUGGUUUUAUCACUUACAGUACAGUUGAGGAGGCAUCAAGUGCCAUUCAGGGCUUGGAUGGACAGGAUCUGCAAGGUCGCCGGGUUAAGGUAAAUUUUGCUGAUGAAAGACCUCGUGGUGGAUUUGGUGCUGGCGCUGGAUAUCAAGGUAGUUAUGGCAACUCUCCUUAUGGUGCUUCUGCAAGUGAUGGUGGGUAUGGGGAUGCUGGUGGUGGCAAUGCUACUGAAGGUUGGAGUGGUGGAUAUGGUGAUGGCUCCAGAACAGGUGGCAGUUUUGGGGGCAGCAACUUUGGCUGUAACUAUGAUGAUACUGGUGCCUAUGGUGGCAAUGCUGCUGGGGGUUAUGGCACUGGAGGAUCAAUUGGUAUCGCUGGUGCCUAUGGUGGCAAUGAUGCUGGGGGUUAUGGCACUGGAGGAUCAAUUGGUGUCGCCGGUGCCUAUGGUAGCAAUGCUGCUAGAGGUUAUGGAAGUGGUGGGUAUGUUGGAGAAUCAGGUGACAGUUUUGGGGGAAGCAGCUCUGGCAAGAACUAUAAUGAUGCCGGUGCCUGUGGUGGUAAUGCUAGUGGCGGCAAUGGCAGUGGUGGAUAUGGUGGUAGUAGCAAUGCUGCUGGAGGUUAUGGCAGCAGUCCAUAUGGUAGUGGAUCAGUCAGAAGUCCCGGGAAUAGCAACUCUGGCAAGAAUUAUGGUGCUGCUGGAGGUUACGGCAGCGGUGGACAUGGUGGAGGAUCAGGUGGUAGUUUUGGGGGAAGCAGCUCUGGCAAUAACUAUGUUGCUGCUGUUGGAUACAAAGGAAGUGGAACAAGUUUUGGGAAUGCUGGUAGCUUUGCAAGCGGUGACACUUACAAUGAUGGAACAGGUAGAAAUUAUGGUGUUGCUGUGAGUGGUGAAGGUAAAACUGGUAACUAUGGUAAUACUCCAGGUAGUGGUUAUGGAAGCUUUGCUGCUGUGGGAUAUGGGAAGAAUAAUUCUUAUGACAGUUCUGCAGGAUUUGGCAAAAAUAAUACACAUGACAGUUCAGCAGGAUUUGGUGGCAACUAUGCUGCUGCUGCAGGUAUUGGCAAGAAUAAUACAUAUGACAGUUCUGCAGGAUUUGGUGGCAGCAGUAGCCAUGGUAGUACUGCUGUUGGUGGCAGGCCGAGUACUGCUGGAUAUGAUGGUGGAUCAGUCAGCAGUCCUGGGGACACCAAGUCUGGCAAGAACUAUGGCGAUGCUGGUGUCUAUGGUGGCAAUGCUGCUGGAGGUUACAGCAGUAGUGGAUAUGGUGGAGGAUCAGGUGGUAGUUUUAGGGUUAGAAGCUCUGGCAAUAACUAUGGUGCUGGUGGUGGUUACAGUGGAAGUGGAACUAGUGUUGGAAAUGCUGGUAGCUUUGCAAGCAGUAACACUUACAAUGACGGACCAGGUGGAGGUUAUGGUGGUAAAAGUGGGAAUUAUGGUGUUAGUGUGAGUAAAGGUAAUACCGGUAACUGUGGUAAUGCUCCUGGUACUGGUUAUGGCAGCUUUGCUGCUUCAGGAGCAUUUGGCAAGAAUAAUACUUAUGACAGUUCUGCAGGAUUUGGGAAGAAUAAUACACAUGACAGUUUUGCAGGAUUUGGCGUCAGCAGUAGCUAUGGUAGUACUGCUGGCGGUGGCAGUCAGAGUUUUGCCCGUAAUCAGCACCCUGGAAGUGCCACAGCGUAUGGCAGUGGUGGUGAUCAGAGUUUUGCCAGUAGUCAACACCCUGGAAGCGCUACGGCGGAUGGCAAUGGUAGAACAAGUACUGGCAGUGCCAUUGCUGGUGGACAUUAUGGCAGCAGUGGCCAAUUUGGCAGCAAUAAAUGCAGAAAUUUGGGUCAACAUGGUGGAGAUUUUGGAGGCUCAUUUCGAGAAAAUUCCAAGAGUGAUGAUUAUGAAAACGAUGCCUUUGAUAGACGGGCUUGA